GUGAGGGCCUCGCAGCAGAAGCAUGUGCGCAUGUGCCCCUCCGUCGCAGUAAACGGAGCUGAGUAAAAGUUGAUGGAGUGCGGGUCAUACCGCGUCCCGGGCUCCUGCUCAGAAGCAGAGACGAUGGCAGCACAAUAUGAAUUGCUCUAGGUCGUAACCAGCCUUUGAGAAAGGAGAAACCGAAAUGGAAAAGCGAUUACCCUAUGACAGAUGGGCAGCUGCGCAGCAAGAGGGAUGAAUUCUGGGAUACCGCACCAGCUUUCGAAGGCCGCAAAGAGAUCUGGGAUGCCUUGAAGGCUGCUGCCCAUGCUUUCGAGAGCAACGAUCAUGAACUGGCACAAGCGAUCAUUGACGGGGCCAGCAUCACCUUGCCACACGGUGCGCUUACGGAGUGCUAUGACGAGCUGGGGAACAGGUACCAGCUGCCGGUCUACUGCCUGGCACCACCAAUCAACAUGAUAGAGGAGAAGAGUGACAGAGAGACUCUGGAUAUUCCUGAGCCCCCGCCCAACUCCGGAUACGAGUGCCAGCUCCGUCUGCGCCUCUCCACCGGCAAGGACCUGAGGCUCGUGGUGCGCAGCACGGACACGGUGUUCCACAUGAAGAGGCGGCUGCACGCCGCGGAGGGCGUGGAGCCGGGCAGCCAGCGCUGGUUCUUCUCCGGCAGACCUCGCCGUGCCGUGCAGUGUGGGACCCUCUCACGAACCCCUUCGUUCAUCGACAGCCAUUUCUCAGUGUCUGACUCCCUCUACUCCUAA